AUGUCCUUCGGCAGCGGCAGCACUGGCGAAGUCGAAGGAGGCAAAUCGGCCGCCGCGAUGGCGUCGUGGCACGACAGCUUGGCGGCGCCGCCUCGCGUCCUCAUUUCUCACCGCCCUUCUGAUGCCAGCAGUCAAGGGACUGUUCUGUCACUUCAACAUCCAAGAUCAGGAGAUGAAACAGGGUAUCUAUUUAUUGAUGGUCAACUUCAAGAGAUCAACUGGUUUAAGGAGCGUUAUGGUGCUUGGUUCUUGGGGGAUUAUGUUUGUGAAGAUGGUGGCCUCUAUUAUUGCACCCCUGUUGAUCCUAUCUUCAUUUUCCUACCAACUUUCGAAGCUGCACGUUUGUCGAACGGGAAGGAUCCAGGAAAAUUCAGACAACUGGAUGAAAUAUUAUAUGUUGAGGGAUAUCCUGGAUACCAGCAGCUAAUGAAUGUAGCUAGUCACCGUAUGGAAUUGGUUUGUGAAGUAAAAGAAGUAUCUAACAUGAAGUUCUUUAGGCUGGACAACUCCAAGGUCUUAUCUUGGUUGUGCUGCAAGGUAUACAACCUAAAGGAGGUCUUCCCCAAGUUGGGUAAAAAUUAUGCCGCCCAAACAGAAAAAGAACAAUUGAAGGAGGCUGUCCAAAUGAUCCGUGAAUAUCUGAAGGACGAACCAUGGUUAACAUUACUAUGCAAGAAGCUGCAGCUGGAUAUCAAUGAGAUCACUGUUGAUGCGACGACCAAAACUGGUGAAGCUUCGUUUUAUGCGGACAGUUGUCCGGCACCUGCCCUCCCCUCUGAGAGUAAGACUGCGAAUGGUGGUGCCAAGUCAAGCAAGGGGAGGCCAGCGAAGAAACCAAAGACAGAGGUAGGAUCCAAGAACAUCAAAGAUAUGUUCCGAAGGGUCGCAAGGAGUGGAUCAGGAUCAUGA